AUGAUUCCAAUAACAAAUUCUUCAAUGAAUAAUUUAACUAUUCCAUUAUCUUAUUGUUUUCUUGAUCGUUUAAAUUUUUUUUUCAAUCAUAUUUAUUUAUUAUUACUUACUGUAAUUGGUUCAAUUGGUAAUACAUUUGUUAUUAUUAUUUUUUGUCAACGAGCAUUUCGUACAAAAAUUGGUUCGAUUAAUUCAAAUAUGUCUGUUUAUCCAUUUUUAUUUUAUAUGGCUAUAUCAGAUACAAUGUAUUUAAUUAUAUUAUUUUGUUUAUGGUUAUCAAAUUAUAUUAAUGUUUUACAUCGUCCAGUUAUUUGUCAACUUACAUUAUAUUUAACAUAUGUUUGUAAUUUUAUUAAUGCUUAUUAUACAAUAGCAUUUACUGCUCAACGUUUAUUUGCAGUUAUUAAUCCAUUUCGUGUAUCACAUGUUCUUUCAUGGUAUCGUUCACGAUUUUUAUCAUUAUCAAUAAUAAUAUUUGCUUGUUUAAUAUAUUCAUAUUUACCAUUUUUAAUUGGUAUUGUUAAUGGAAAAUGUUUUUCUCGUCCAGAAUUUCGUUGGAUAAAUAAAUAUAUGGAUAUAAUUGAUAGUAUUAUUGUUUUUCUUAUACCAUAUAUUAUUAUAAUAACAAUGAAUACAAUUAUUCUUAUAUCAUUACGUCGUAUGAAACAUGAUCAACAUGAAUUUCUAUUUCGAACUCAUUCACAUUUAAAUAGACGACGUGAAUUAAUACGUCGUAAUGCAUCACGUAAAAUAACAAAAUUAUUAUUAACUAUUUCAACAUCAUAUUUAAUUAUAUGUGCACCAUAUGCAUCUAUACAUACAUGGCGUUUAUUAAAUAAUCGUCAACAAAAUAAAAAUUCACAAUUAAUUAAACAAUUAGAACAUUAUGCACUUUUUAUAUAUCAUAUAUCAUUUGCAAUGAAUUUUUAUAUUUAUAUUGUGUUGGAUUCAAAAUUUCGUCGUGAAUUAAAACGUUUUUUUAUAAAAUCAAAACAAAAUUUUUAUCAAUGUUCUCGACAAAAGAAAUUUGUUGAAAAUGACAAUCAAUUAGAAUUAGUAGACAAUAAUUCUACAACAACAGUUGGAUAUACAUUUCAAGGAAAUCUACAAAAUGUUAAUCAUAAUCAUAAUCUUAUGAGAAACUCUUGUUGUUGUCAUAUUCAUUUGUAG